GUCAGGUAUAAAGGGCGCUCGCUCGUGGUGUGGGCAAAGAGACAGGUGCCGCACUCAGAGAAAUGUGGAGAACGACGCUGUUGCUCGCCUCGGCGCUCGUCGCCGCCGUCCACACCUCGGGCAUCCCCAUGUGGGAGUUCCUCGACAGGAGUGAGAAGGUGAACCGCCUCUUCCAUGUGUUUAUGCGACAAGUGGACGACUACUGCAACAAGUCCGACAUGCCUGACUGUAACAAGGCGAUGAUGGUGCAUGGUUUGAGUUCUUUGGCCCGCAUGGAGGACCACCAUUUGGACUCGAUGGACCCUUACCAACGCGAUGCCCAUGAGCUGAUCUGGGACGCCAUGAUGCACGAACACGACAAGAACCACGACCACGAGGAGCCCUCCAACGGCGGAGACGCGACCAACGUGCUGUCAAAGAAGGACUCAAACCAGGCUGAGGGCGACCAGCAGGAGCCCAAAUUCGGCGACGAGGGCGCCGCGAGCAACCAGGAGGUGGUGUACGCGCCGCUGCAGCACUCUGGCGGGCCGAUGAUGUCCCGGCUGCGGCCUGACGGCAGCACCGUGCCCGGCGACCCUCCCGGCGGCCACCACAUGACGCCCGACAUGGACAUGAUCGAGCACCAACUGAUGAACCAGAUGCCGCACCGCGUCGCGCGGCCUAGGGACACCAAGUUCCCUUUCCUGCAGCGCAAACAGUGAUCCUUGAGUUCGUCCCGACGCCUGCUGUACAUACUAACAAGCCCUAUUUAUGACAACAAUUUUUCCUCUUUGUAAAUAAAACCUUCUUUGUAAAAGAUCUGCGUUAAAUCGACCGGGUGCGCAUUUUCGGUUGUGUGAACGAACUUUUCUAGUGCAAAAACAGUGCGGUCUCAAUGUCUGUUCCUAAUUGACGCUCGUGUAAAUGUGUACAGAUUAUGUAAAAUAAUUUUAAUAAACUCGAUUUUAAAAAUAAAA